CAUCCUGGCGCGUGUGUGGGAUUUCUCAACUCUCUUUAUUUGUCUCCUCUUCCCUCUUGGAUGUAAAGCAUAAUAGCGGAAAACCCCAUCGAUCUCCAUUUCGAUAUCUCAUUUGCCUAAGAACCUCCUGUGGCUGUGUACACUGCGCGUUCAGCAUGGAACUUCAUAGAUUUUUCAUUCUCUUGCUUUCAUUGACAGGUCGUUCAGCGCGAGGAGUUGAAACGCACGGAUUGUCGUACGCGAACACGCCAGAACUCUCGGAGGACGCGAUACUGGUGGCAAACAACGGCAUACACGUGCCUUUCGGGAGAUCUGUUUACAUCGAUCCGAUCAACGACUUGGUCAUUGAAGUUCAGCCUGGAGACAGGUGCGUUAUUACCGUUCUGGAUAAUGAUCCGCUGUCUCAGAGACCGGGACAUGUGUCUCCUAAAAAGUUCCCGUGUGAAUUUGGUCCUAACGAUGUGAGAUACUCUCAUUUCGGUUCUAGGAGCCCUGCGAGUGACAGGGUGAAGCUGCAACUCAGGUAUGACACUCAGACUGAAACUAUUAUCAUCCCCUUUAUGCUAGAGGUGGAGGUUGUUUUCACACAAUUGGAGAUUGUUACUAAGAACAUGCCUCUUAAUGUUGAUAAACUGCGUGGGACUAGUAAUCCAAUCGGCAGAAAGGUUUUAGACUUCACCUAUGAUAAAACCUCAGAACAAUGUGAGGUAACAUCGCUGGCAGCCAGCAGUGCGCUUCCAAGGUAUGGUAAAGUUGUUGAUGAGAUCAAACUGGAGAAAAUGAUGGAUUGUGAUCUGUUUCUCAAAUCAUAUAUCCGCUAUGAGCACACAUCUACCCACAAGUCCCCUAAUAAGGAUUACAUCCCAAUGGUUGUGGAGCUACGGAGCAAAGAAAAUAAUUUACUGAAACAAGAGUUUUUCCAUGUGAUGAUUCGGAUAAAAGAGGGUGAAGAAAACACUCCCCCCAGACCGAGUUUUGUGGCUAUGAUGAUGAUGGAAGUUGAUCAGUUUGUUAUGACGGCUUUAACUCCUGAUAUGUUGGCUGCGGAGGAUACAGAAUCCAAUCCUGAUGAUCUCAUUUUCAACAUCACUUCUCCUCUGUCCUUUGAGGAGGGCUAUAUUGUGAGUACAGAUGAUAGGAAUUUACCUAUCACAUCCUUUUAUCAAAGGGAUCUCAAAGAUCUGAAAAUAGCAUACAAACCUCCCUCUUUGGACUCGGAUACCGAGAGGAUCUUUCAAAUAGAGUUUGAGGUCAUAGACACAGAUGGUGGCAUUUCAGAUCCUUUUGCAUUCAUGAUUGUUGUGAAGCCCAUGAAUACAUUAGCGCCAGUAGUCACUAAGAAUACUGGCCAGCUUUUAUAUGAAGGCCAGUCUAGGUCUUUGUUUACUCAGAACAAUUUAGAAAUAAGUGAUGAAGACAACCUGGACAGUGUGAGGAUAACGGUGGUUGAUGGACUGCGUCACGGUCACUUAACUGUUCUAGGCACCAACAAGAAGUAUUUUACGCCAGCUGAUCUGGAGGUCGGCAUUGUGGUUUACCAGCAUGAUGGCAGUGACACAUACAGUGAUAAUAUAAUAUUCAGAAUGUCAGAUGGCAAGAAUGAAGUUGAGUUUUUGUUCCCCAUCACAAUUGUACCCACAGAUGAUGAGCCACCCAUCAUAAAUGCUAACACUGGGCUGAUUUUAUUCAAAAAUCAGAUGGUGCCCAUUUCACAGCUCAUGCUCAGUGCAGCAGACAUCGACUCUGAAGAUUCCACCAUUAAAUUUACAAUCGAGCCUCCAUUUUCUGCUAUUGGCGAGGUCGUGGUGAGGCAAUCUGAAGCACCCGAGGACCCAUCCUCCUGGAAAUUUAAUGCAGAAGAUGGUGUAUAUGAGAAAGUUGUGACACAGUGGCUCCAGAAAGAUAUUACAGAUGAAAAGCUCUUCUAUAGGCACAUAGGUCCACACAUCACAGAUGCAGUAACUGAUCAGUUCGUUUUUAGAGUACAAGAUGAUGCCGAUCCUCCCAACCAAUCUGGUGAGAAUUCAUUCAUUAUUAAAAUUUUACCUAUUGAUGAUAUUCCACCCGUGCUGUUCCCAGGCACUACUUUGCAGAUGACAGUACAUGAGUACCAGCUGACUAAUUUCAACAAGAAUGUUCUUCGUUAUACUGACUUGGACUCUGAAGACCGUGACCUGAAGUAUACAAUAACUCAACUGCCAACUGACACAGAUGAGAAUAAUCCCAUUAAAUUUGGGUCUAUUGUUUUGACUGACAGCCCCGAUACUGACGUAACAGAAUUUACCCAAGCGCAAAUUAACCAUCAUAAGAUUUCCUACAGCCCACUAGACCUUGAGCUUGGCAUCACACCUCAUGUGGUGCAGUUCCAUUUCACAGUAGAGGACACUACUGGAAACAGUGCUAAUGGAGUUUUUACAAUUUUCCUGCAGCCUGUGAACAACAAACCUCCACAGAUAACGAACACUGGAUUCACUGUCCUUGAGAGAAGGGUGCAUGUCAUCACGAGUGCUGAACUCGACGCAAAUGACCUUGACACUGACAGUAAGCAAAUUUCAUUCACGCUAAGUCAAACUCCACAGCACGGACUUGUUCAGCAUACGUUUACUGACUUGAAAAAAGGAAGCAGUUUCAAUUUGAUGGAUAUCUCUGAUGGCAAAGUGUCAUAUACUCACAAUGGGGAUGAAACGACAAGUGACUCUUUUAAAUUGGAUGUUAGUGACGGUGUUCAUGUUGUAACAAUCACUGUGAAGGUAGCGGUAAAGCUUAUUGAUGAUGAGACACCAAUGCUCAGCCUCACAAAGGGCACCUUUGGCUCUCGCUUGGAUGUGCUGGAAAAUGGUGCCACAGAAAUUACCACCAGUGUUAUCCAGGGAAAAGAUGAAGACACUGAUGACCUGAGGUUGACGUUCAUUGUGGAAGAAGCCCCUAAGUUUGGAGAAAUUCUGGUGAGUGGAGUUUCCUCAAGCAGAUUCACCCAAGCUGAUAUCAUCAGUGGUCUGGUCGUGUAUGCUCACACCAGCAGUGAGAUUGGUCUCACUUCGAUAGAAGACUUUUUCAACCUGACCCUCUCUGACAUGUCUGAUGAGUGGACUGUAGGGGGUAACCAAGUAAAUGGAGUCGGUGUUCACGUCACCAUUCUGCCUGUAGAUAACCAGACUCCAGUGGUCACAGUUGGCCCUACCUUUACCGUCUUUGAGGGGGAUAAAAACACAAUUGGUAGGCAUCAUAUUAUGGUUGAAGAUGCAGACACACCAAUUGAGGACAUCCUGUGCACCAUCAUUGUUCAGCCUACAUCAGGAUAUGUGGAGAACAUCUCUCCAGCACCAGGCUCUGAAAAGUCAAGGUCGGGAACGGCAGGAAGUGCUUUUACCAUCAGAGAUGUGAAUGAAGGUCAUAUUCAUUAUGUCCAAAGCAUACAUAAAGGAGUUGAGCCAGUGGAGGACAAGUUCACAUUUAGAUGUUCAGAUGGUGUGAAUUUCUCAGAGAGACAGUUCUUUCCAAUUAUAAUUAUUCCCACCAAUGAUGAAAAACCGGAGAUCUUUAUGCGAGAGUUUGUUGUAAUGGAGGGUAUGAAUGUUAUCAUUGACAUGACACUCUUGAAUGGAGUCGAUGCUGAUGUUCCUGCAGAAGAAUUGACAUUUAUCAUCACCAAACCCCCAAAUCAUGGGUUCAUCCUCAAUCAGCUUGCAAGUGGCUCUGUCCCAAUCACAAAUUUCACUGUGGAGCAAAUCAAGGAAGCUUCUAGCAUAAUUUAUGAGCAUGAUAAUUCUGAAACCACUGAAGACAAGUUUGACGUUCUUCUUACAGAUGGGAAACAUUCAGCUGAGGCCACCAUCAUGAUCAUGAUUAUCCCUGUGGAUGAUGAAACACCAAGGCUUGCCAUUAAUGAUGGGCUUGACAUCGAGAUUGGUGAGACAAAACAGAUAAACAGUAAAGUACUAAAAGCUACUGAUCUGGACUCAGAUGAUGAGUCUCUUACUUUCAUCAUUCGCUAUGGCCCCGGUCAGGGCUUCCUUCAUAGAAAAUCAGCAGGAUAUGUGGAGAAAAGAUCUGCUGGGUCUCUAGAGAACAUAACAGUUGGCAUGAACUUUACACAAAACGAGGUGAACAAGGGUCUCAUUUUGUACACUCACAAUGGACAGGAAGGCAUUCGAGACCUUAUAAAGUUGGAUGUAACAGAUGGCAUAAAUCCUCUAAUUGACAGAUACUUCUAUAUUACUGUGGGCAGCAUUGACAUGGUGUUUCCUGAUGUCAUCAGCAAAGGGGUGUCUCUUAAAGAAGGUGGCAAAGUGACACUCACAACGAACCUCCUCAGCACUAGUGAUCUCAACAGCCCUGAUGAGAACUUAGUCUUCACCAUCACAAGAGCCCCGGUGAGAGGGCAUUUGGAAAGCACAGAUUCGCCAGCCAUGCCUAUUGUGUCCUUUACCCAAUUACAGCUGGCCGGAAGCAAGAUCUACUACAUUCAUACUGCUGAUGAUGAAGUCAAGAUGGACAGCUUUGAGUUUGAGGUGACCGAUGGCUACAACCCUGUGUUCCGCACGUUCCGUGUUUCGAUUGUUGAUGUUGACAAUAAAAAGCCGGUACUGACCAUUCAUGACCUUCAAGUGACCGAGGGACAGACCAAACUCAUUACGCCCUUUGAGUUGACCGUUGAGGACCAAGACACAGCUGAGCACCUUCUCAAGUUUACCGUCACCCAGCUACCCAUUCACGGCAAACUGCUCUUCAAUAACAGUCGACAGGUGACUUCAUUUACAAAGCAGGACCUGAAUGAGAAUAUGAUAAGCUACAAGCAUGAUGGCACAAAGUCGGACAAGGACAGCUUUUCUUUUACAGUCACUGAUGGCACCCAUUCCGAUUUUUUUGUCUUUCCUGAUACCAUUUUUGAGACCCAAAGGCCUCAGACCAUGAAGAUUACCAUUGUGUCAGUGGACAACGGUGUGCCACAGAUUGUGGUUAACAAAGGUGCACCGACUUUAAAGGUCUUGUCCGCAGGUCACUUAGGUUAUCAGAUCACAAGCAAAGUCCUGAAGGCAGUGGACAGAGACAGCAGCCCUGAGGCUUUGGUUUUUCACAUUACAACACAGCCAGAGCAAGGCUACCUGAUCAGCCUGGACCGAGGGAAUGACUCAAUCAACAUCUUCACACAAGCUGACAUAGAUGAUCUUAAGAUCUGCUAUAUCCUAAAGGACGAGAACAAUGCCACCAGUGACGUCUUUAGUUUCACCGUGGAGGACAAUGGAGGGAACAAACUGAAGAACCAGCAGUUUCGUCUGAACUGGGCUUGGAUUUCUCUGGAGAAACCAAACUAUGUGGUGGAUGAGCAGGACAAAGUUCUCGAGGUGAUCCUAAGACGUAGAGGUUUUCUAGGUGAAACGUCUUUUGUUGGGAUUGGUACUUUGGAUGGCAGUGCCGAGAAGGAGAAGGAUUUCCUGGGAAAAUCACAGAAGCAGGUGCAGUUUAACCCUGGCCAGACCACAGCCACAUGGAAAGUGAGGCUUCUCUCUGAUGGGAAAUACGAGCAGUCCGAGACGUUCCAGAUUAUCCUGACUGAGCCAGUGAUGGCUGUUUUGGAGUCACCAGCAAUAGCCACAGUUGAGAUUGUGGAUCCAGAGAAUGAGUCCACGGUGUUCUUUCCUCAGGCCAGCUUUGCUGUGGAAGAAGAUAUUGGAGAAAUCCUGAUCCCGGUGCACAGGAGAGGAGACGUCAGUGAGGAGCUGCUAGUGGUCUGUCACACUCAGCAAGGCUCCGCCACAGGAACCGUCCCCACUUCUGUUCUGUCCUACUCUGACUACAUCUCCCGUCCAGAGGAGCAGGCCAGCAUUCUGCGCUUUGAUAAGGACGAGACGGAGAAGCACUGUCGUGUGGUGAUCAUUGACGAUUCGCUGUAUGAGGGAGAGGAGAGCUUCAACGUGACCCUCAGUAUGCCUAUGGGAGGCUGUCUGGGGCCAGAAUACCCCACUGCGCUUAUCCGCAUACUGCCAGACCAGGACGACGCUCCUGUGUUCUAUUUUGGCAAUCAGGAGUAUAACGUCGAUGAGAGCGACAGCCACGUUGAAGUCCAUGUGUGGAGGACAGGGACAGAUCUUUCUAAAAAAGCUAUGGUCACUGUGAGGUCCUGCAAAACAGACCCAGUUUCUGCUGAAGCGGGGGUGGACUAUGUGGGAAUCAGCAGAAACUUGGAGUUUGCACCGGGUGUGAGCAUGCAGACGGUCUGGGUCACCAUCCUGGAUGACCUAGGCCAGCCUGUUCUGGAAGGGACAGAAAGAUUUGAGCUUAUUCUCCGGAUGCCCUCCAAUGGAAUUCUGGGAGAGCCAGCGAAAGUCACGAUCUUUAUCAACGACUCCAUUUCAGACUUGCCAAAAGUGCAGUUUAAACAGGCUGUGAUGACUGCAGAGGAGAGUGAAGGUCACAUCACUGCAAUGGUACACCGCAGCGGAGACAUCAUACACAAGUCCACUGUACGCUGCUACACCCGGCAGGGCUCUGCACAGGUGGUGUUCGACUUUGACGAGAGACCCAACACUGACACGUCCAUCAUAACUUUCUUGCCCGGUGAGUCUGAAAAACCCUGUGUGCUGAAGCUGGUGGAUGAUUUGAUUCAUGAGGAGGAGGAGGAACUGAGGCUGGUUCUGGGGAGCGCGAAGAGCGACUCGCCAUACGGAGCAUCCAUAGGCAACCAGAAUGAAACGCUCAUCAAGAUCAAGGACAACACUGACAAGCCCAUCAUCAAGUUUGCCAAGACAAAGUUCAGUGUUAGUGAGCCAAAAGAGUCGGGGCAGAUGACGUUGGUGAAGAUCCCUAUCCACAGGACGGGAGACGUUUCGAAAGUGUCCCUGGUGAGGGUGCACACGAAAGACGGCUCUGCCAUAUCUGGAGAAGACUACCAUCCCAUCUCCCUCGAUGUUGAGUUUAAAGCUGGUGAGAUCGAGCAUGUAGUGGAAGUGGAGGUUUUGUUUGAUGGCGUAAGAGAGAUGAGAGAGGCCUUCACUGUCCAUCUGAAACCAGACGAGAACAUGGUUGCUGAAAUCCAGAUGACUAAAGCCAUAGUGUACAUUGAAGAGACCAACAGUAUGGCUGAUGUCACGUUCCCUUCACUGCCUCAUGUUGUGUCACUGCUGCAUUACGAUGUUGUCAGACGAACCAAAGAAAAUGCUCACCCACCCGCUGGAUACCCUGUCGUCUGCGUCACGGCCUGCAAUCCCAAAUAUCCCGACUAUGACAAAACAGGCUCCAUCUGCAUUAGCGAACGCAUCAACGAUACACUGACUCGUUACCGAUGGCUCAUUAGCGCCCCCAGUGGUCCGGAUGGCGUCACCAGCCCCAUGAGAGAGGCUGACUUUGAUACAUUCUUUACUUCCUCCAAGAUGAUCACCCUAGACUCCAUUUACUUCCAAGUGGGUUCUAGAGUGCAGUGCGCAGCCCGUGCUGUGAAUUCUAACGGGGAUGAGGGGCUGGAACUGAGCAGCCCCAUUGUGUCUAUUAGCAUGGAAGAAGGGAUGUGCCAGCCACGUAAAUUGGGCACAGUAGGUGCUGAGCCCUUUUCUGCCAAACUGCGUUAUACAGGUGCUGAAGACCCUGAAUAUGCCAAUCUCGUCAAGCUUACUGUCAGCAUGCCCCACAUAGACGGCAUGCUCCCUGUGGUCUCCACUCGUGCACUGUCCAAUUUUGAGCUGACUCUGAGCCCCGAUGGCGCUCGCGUGGGAAACCACAGGUGCUCCAAUCUGCUGGACUUUAAUGAGGUGUCCACACACCAUGGAUUUCUAACCAAGGCCAGCCGGAAUAUAGAGAGCAUCGGAGAGACUCUGCCGUAUCAGUACAGCCCCGUCCUCAGAGGCCAGAGCACUCUACGCUUUUACAGGAACCUGAACUUGGAGGCCUGUCUGUGGGAGUUUGUGAGUUAUUAUGACAUGUCUGAGCUGCUCACAGACUGCGGGGGAACGAUCGGAACAGAUGGGCAGGUGCUGAACCUGGUGCAGUCAUACGUGACCCUGCGAGUUCCUCUCCACGUCUCUUACGUGUUUCAUUCCCCUGUGGGAGCUGGAGGCUGGCAACACUUCGAUCUGCAUUCUGAACUGCGGCUCACCUUUGUGUAUGACACUGCCAUCUUGUGGAGGGAUGGAGUCGGCAGCCCUCCACAUGCAGAACUGCAAGGAGCUUUAUAUCCAACCAGCAUGAGGAUCAAUGAGCAGGGGAGGCUUGUGGUGAACUUCCGCACAGAGACUCGCUUCAGGGGGUUGUUUGUAGAGGCACAUUCUGCAGCGAAAUUGAGGGGUCAGAAGACUGCAGCAUCCCCUGUGAAGUCCAUUGUAUUGAGUGCAGACCACCCAGGCUUGACCUUCAACCUCACUCUGGUUAGGACUGAGCUGACCUACAGCCAGCCUGUCCAGCAAUGGAUGUUCAUUUCAGACUUUGCAGUUCGAGAUUAUUCAGGCACAUACACAGUGAAGCUGAUCCCCUGUACAGCAGCGCUGAAUGUGGAGUACACUGUUCCUCCGGUCUGCAACCCUAGAGAGCCGGUUACUUUUGAUCUUGAUAUCCGCUUUCAGCAGGUGAGUGACCCUGUCGCGGUGGAGUUCAGUCUGAACACACAGAUGUUCUUGUUGUCUAAGAAGGCGUUGUGGUUGUCAGAUGGAUCUAUGGGCUUCGGUCAAGAGAGUGAUGCGGCUUUCUCUGAGGGUGACACAAUCUAUGGACGGGUGAUGGUGGACCCUGUGCAGAACUUGGGUGGCUCUUUCUACUGUAACAUUGAGAAGGUGUAUCUGUGCACCGGCGCUGAUGGAUAUGUUCCUAAAUACAACCCCGCCAAGUCUGAGUUCGGAUGCCUUGCAGACUCUCCAUCCCUGCUGUACAGAUUCAAAAUUAUUGACAAAGCGCAGCCAGAGACUCAGGCCAAGAGUUUUGGGGACGUGAGUUUCAAGGCCCUGCUGGCUGUAGAUGACCCCUCUGCCCUCUCUCUGGUGAAGCAGCCAGGAUCUGACGGAUUCAGACUGGAUUCUACUCCUCUUUUCCAGGUGGCAGUAGGAAGGGAGUGGUUCAUUCACACCAUCUACACUGUGCGUUCAAAAGACAACGCCAAGCGUGGCAUUGGCAAGCGAAGUGUAGAGUACCACUCAAUAACAUCAGGUGACCUUGUUCCAGCGGAGGCCAGAGGACGCUACAGACGGUCCAACAGAGAAGUCCCGAUACUGGCGGAGGAGAUUGGACCCGAGAACAACCGAGGAACGAAUAUCAUGCACAUCGCUCUGGACCGCAGCCGUCGGCGCUCUGCGUCUGGGGAGGAGCUGUUCGCAGACGGACUGUCUCCACGGGAGGUCAGUGGACGAGGUGCGGAAGAGGACGCUGUGACUGUGGCAGGAGCCGUCGUGGGACUGCUUCUCACCGUCCUCGUGGUUAUAGUGUUGGCACUGAUGGUUCGCUCAAGGUGGACGCCUGUGAAAAAGGCCCCAAGAGUCUCGUCCAGCCUGCAGCCUGUUAUAUUUAGAAGUAGCCUUGAUAAUGGUGACAGCUCAGAGGUCUGAAGGACUAAUGGACUACUCGGAGAUCCUACUGUUCUCCUUUGUCAUACAUGGGAUCAAUUUGUUUUCUUUUCUUUGUUUUAAACAAGUGCCUCUGACAGGUUUUAUUUUACGGAGAACUCACGACCCAGUUCAUCACCAGCCCAAAGAAAUCAUUUUAAAUUACUUUUUAUGUUGUAACUCUGAAUUUUUGCUUGUCUAAUAAUAGAUUGAGGUUUACCCAGUGUUCAGAGUUCUCAGGGGUCCCAAUAGUGCCCUACCCACUUUUUUGGAAGUAGACUAGAAUGUGAAAGAAAGAAUUAUCCUUUAAAUAUUAAUCAUUUUAAUAUUCUUUUAUGCCAGUGGAUAUAUU